AUGCCAGACGAUUUCCAUGACGCCGCUUCUGAAAAUCAGCCGGCUGGCCUGAUGACGGCUACCGUGGCAGUGAAACUUCCAGACUUCUGGAAAAACGAUCCAGAUAUGUGGUUCGCGCAAGCCGAGGCGCAAUUCGCGUUGGCGAACGUGACAAAAGACGAGACACGGUUCUACCACAUUACCGCUAAAGUCGAUCAAACCGUGAUCUGUCACAUUGCGGAUUUAGUGGCCCAUCCGCCUUCAGCCAACAAGUAUAAAGCAGUAAAAGAAAGGUUAAUCGCUCGAUUCUCACUUUCCCCACAGGCGAAGUUAGAGAGACUGCUAGGAUCACACGAUUUGGGAGACCUCAGACCUACACAUUUGCUUGCUAAAAUGCAAGAAUUAUCUGCCGGUCUGGCAGUUGAUGCAAGCUUGCUAAAGAUGUUCUUUCUACAACGGUUGCCACCGCACAUCAGAGGCAUUCUGUCAAUUAGUGAUGGCACUGUCACGAAGCUUGCGGAAAUGGCCGACAAGAUGGUUGACCACAAUCCUGCUAACGUCGCCAGUGUAGUUCAACCCGUGGACAGUAUGGAGGAGUUGAAAAAUCAAAUUGCGGCUCUUACAGCUGAGAUCAAGCGAAUGAAAGUGCGGCCGAGUCGUCAACGAAGUCGAUCCACGUCACGUUCUUUGUCGAAAACUCCGAGCGGAGGAGUUUGUUGGUACCAUCGUCAAUAUGGGAGCAACGCCCACCAGUGUCGAGAACCAUGUUCGUUUUCCCCAAAAAACUAA